AUGUCGCUCUCAUCCUUGACUCCGCGACUCGUCUCGCGAGCUUGCCUCCAACGCAUUCUCAUCAUUCGUCAAGCUUCGGGUGGACAUGGACUUGACUACAAGCCGGCCGCCAAGCAGCUCACGGUCAAUCAAACCGGCUUUUUCAAAUACGAACGUGAUGUGAGCCGAGAUAAACGCUACGCCAACCCACAAAAGCUUGGUGACACCCCGAUCCGAUUCUUGGUCCGUCGACUUGGUCAUGCUUACGAGAUCUACCCACUUUUUGCCCUAACCGGCGUCUGGUUUGUCCUCUUCUGCUAUGUCGUUUACUACUCAUUCGAGAAGAUGGAAAUUUGGCUCGAUCGAUCACACGAAACUGCCCCUUGGGACUGGGAACGAAUUCGCAACAAUUAUUGGAAGAAGCCCACCCUUGCUUUCGAUCGUGAGGGAAUCACUCAUCGUCGUUUGGAGAUUUUGGAGCAAUUGCAGGAUGAGAUGGUUGAAGCCGCUAAAUCCCGUGGAACUCGC